AUGGCCGAACCACCACAGCAUGACCUAGGCAAUCAAUACUACGUCCUAGUGACCGGCGCAAACAGCGGCCUCGGCCUCGCCAUCUGCGCACGCCUAAUAACCACCUUCCUCACAACCUACCCACCCACCACCCACCUAACCAUAAUCUUCACGACCCGAAGCGCCAAAAAAGCCUCCUCAACCCUGCACCACCUGCAAACCCUCCUCCCCCCCAUCUCCUCCCCCACCACAUCCAGCAGAAUAACCCUCCACCCCGAAACCGUGGACCUGUCCUCUCUCCCCUCCGUCCGCGCCCUCUCCACCCGCCUCACCCAAACCCUCCCAAAACUCGACUCCAUCGUCCUCAACGCCGGCAUCGGCGGCUGGACAGGAAUCGACUGGCCGCGCGCAAUCUGGGGAACUCUGACCGACCUCGUGCACAACGUCUCAUGGUUCGCGCAUAAGAUCGCGCCCGUGGGGAUGAUCACCCCGCCUCAAACCACACAGCCUGAGGAGCCGCGCCUGGGUAGCGUCUUCACGGCGAACGUAUUCGGUCACUACAUGCUCUCGCAUGGCGUCAUGGGCUUACUUCGGAAAUCCACGCAGCCGGGCCGCGUCAUCUGGGUCUCGAGUAUCGAGGCCACCGUGAAUCAUUUUAAUGUGGAGGAUAUUCAGGGAUUGAGGUCGACUGUGCCGUAUGAGAGUUCGAAGACGCUUACGGAUAUUUUGGCGUUGACGGCGGAGACGCCCUCUACGAGAAAGUGGGUGGAGGGGUUCUACACCCCUCACAAGGGAGGUGAUGAUGUGGAUGAGAAGGGUGGUGAAAGGGAGGGCAAGGAGCCACGCAUGUAUCUCUCGCACCCUGGCGUGUGUGGAACGGGGAUCCUCCCGUUGGCGUUGCCGCUGUUCUGGUGCAUGAUCGCGUCGUUUUAUAUUGCCCGGUUGUUGGGGUCGCCGUGGCAUACGCUGUCGACGUAUGCGGGGGCGUGUGCGCCGACGUGGUUGGCUAUUAGUCGGCAGGAGGAGCUGGAUGCUGCGGAGGACGUGUAUCGGGCUCAUGGGGGCGGGAAGGUGAAAUGGGGGUCGUCGUGUGAUCGGUUGGGGAGGGAUACGGCGGUUUCGACGGAGGUGGAUGGCUGGGGUCAUGGGGGUGUGGUUGGGGAGGCGGUGGUGAUGGAGGAUCGGUGUCGGAGGAGGAAGCGUGGAGCGAGGGAUUUGACGGCGGAGGAGAAGGUCGAGUUUGAGGAGUUGGGAAGGAAGUGUUGGCAAGGGAUGGAGGAGUUGAGGGUACAGUGGGAGGAGAUUUUGGAGAGGGAGGAG